GAGGAAAUGCACAGGAUCUGGAACAACUGCUGCUUUAUUUCUUCCCCGGUGAGGAACACUGGUGGUUUUUUCCUACUUGAUAAUUUUAGAGUUCAAAUAAACAGCAGUCAGUUGAGAUUGGACAACACUGACAAGAAAGCUUUAAGUUUUGUCCCUUUCUGCUUACAGGAACGUGUGCAUGCCCACUUAUUAAUGCAGGAGAGGUGAAGCCAUGGCUGGCUUUCUGUUACUGCAAACCUGUGCUCGUGGAGCCUUCCUUCUGCCAGUUGGUAACCACCCUCACUCCAAAUCCCUUCUCGACAGGAGAGCUUUUAUUCCCCUCCUGUAAUGGCCACACGGACACCUUGCAGGCUUCCCUUCCUAGACUAAAGCUUAUUUUCUUUUUUUUCUUGAUUUUGAGUGGAAAAUGCCAGUAAAAGCUAAUGAUGAAUGUUCUUCAGCCAUUCACGUGACAACAAGAAAUAUCAAGUUGGUAAAGAACCAGCUUACAUAGUUCUGAGUUAUGUUUAGCUGUGGUCUUAGAGAGAACCGUGUGUCCAGGCUGGUAAUUUGUUUUAAAAUUCUAAUUCACCUUAGUGUAUAAGCUGUCUGCUUCUGAAGUACUUGUUUUUUUUAAUGGUAUGAUCUCAUUUCUGCAAGCUAAUUUUGGAAUACUACAAUAAGCAAAAGCCUGUUAAUCUCCAGCUCAGUUGGGGAACACAACCAAUUCAGCAGUGGCUGAAUGCAGCAGUGCAAGCAGGGAAAAGGUGCACUAAACUUGUCAUGCCAUGAGGACCUUGUGGGGCUUCAGAGAGCCUGUGGGUAAUGGACCAGGAGGGAAGAGAUCUUGUCCUCAAGUAUUUUCAUAUGUUGACUUCUAUUUUUGCAUGAAGGUAAGACGAUGUGUUCAGAUCAUGUGCUCAGGUCACUUACCUGCCUUGUCACCCUCUCUGGGUCAAAAAGGGCCUGUUUCAGUAGCAAAGGUCAUUGUUUCAGUAGAGUUGGGAAAAACAGGAGCUACAGCGUUGCGUCUGCAGCUGAUGUAUUUAUGCACUUCAGUCUCCUUUUCAUACAGGACAUGAACCUGGAUGGCUAAUGGUGCUGUGCUGGGCUCUGAAAGAUGAUGUUGAGUUUGAUGUGAGAGAUCUGAGGUUUCUUUUGAGCACAUGUCACCAGUGUUAUAAUCCCAAACUUCCCACUUUGCUGCAGGGGCAGUGUGCAGUCCUGGGUUUCCUGUGUCCCCUCACAGCAAAGCACUGUUACCAAGAAUGGCACCAGACAGUGUGUUUUAAAGGGCAGCAGAGCUGGGUCUGGCUUGUCAGCCAAAAUGCAGAGGGAUCCCUUCCCACAGAGCUCUGCAUCUGUAAUGUGUGGUAAAACCAUUAUAUUUUCAGGACAGAAAGAACUGAUCUUGGGGAUGAACAGAAGUGAAGAAUUUCAUCCUCAUACAAUCUUGUUGUAAUAAUUUUUUAAAAUACUCAUGGAAUUCCUCUGCUGGCAAACCAGAGCAUCCACCCUUUGUUUGCUUUGUUCUUUCCCAAGUCUCUAUCAGUGCACGUGUGACUGAAAACAAACCUCAGUUUCCUCUGCUUGGAAGCUCUCGUGAACCUAUCUGGAGGGGCAGAACUGAGAGACUGAGGGCAGAGUGCUGUGGAGGAGGCAGUGUCUGUUCAGCUCAGCUGGAGGAGGAUGCUCUUAUGGUAUGGCAUAGCACAUCCACUGGAAGGUAUCAUGAAGGAGCAGUUGUGGCUCCUAGUCCACUUCUCGUUCACCCACAAAACAAGGAUGCUGUGGAGCUGCUCUGACUCUUGUCUUAAAGUAUUUAGUUAAGAAGAUGGAGGCCUUUGCUCUUUUGCUGUGCCUGCCUGGGCCAGACCACCCCUGCCCUGCACACAGGAGAGCCCAGUUUUGGGUAUCUGCCCCAGUGCAGCUUGUUGUCCCAUGCGGCCUGUGGGUAGGCAUCCUGAGUGCAUCCCAUGGCUCAGGGGUGGGUUUGCCAAUAGCUGCCCGUUGUGCUGGCAGCAGGGACCCUGCAAAUGGCCUCGCUGCCUAUGGGCUCGGAGGCACAGGUCCUGGAGGGUGGAGCUGCCUUGGGAGGAGGUGUGCUCAGGGAGAGAGGGAGUCUGCUGGGCUGCGCGCUCUCUGUCCACUUGCUGUUGUGAAGGAAUUUUUGACCUGACCAGACCCAGCUUUUUAUUAUACCAGCGAAAUUUCCGACUCGUUUCCUACUUGGAGGAGUUUAAGAAUUCCUGCCAGCACUUUUCCAGAGGGAAGCCAUGCCCUGCCACAGAGCCGUGCGCCCGCUCCUGCUGACACUGUGCUUCCUGCUGCCCGCUGCACUGGCAGCAGAGCACCCACGGGGCCCCCUGCCCACACUGUGGAACGAGCCGGCCGAGCUGCCCUCCGGAUCCGGCCCCUUCGACGCCACCACCACCGCACGGCUCUCGGAUGCCACCGCCUUUGCUCCAUACACCUCCGAGCUGGAGCCCGAGGACACCACCCACCUGCACCGGCUCGAUGCUGGCGACGGUUCGCUGGGGCCCGGAGCUAUCGGUGCCAUUGUCAUCGCUUCCCUCCUGGGUACGUCUGUGCUCGUGGCCUUGGUUGUCAUCACGCUGAGAAAGUUCUCUGCCUCCUGAACUCAAUAAAAGAUUUCUGUACCACAACAGCCCUCUGUCUGCUCCCCAUCUGCUGCGCUCACAUUGCUCCUGGUGUGCAGCUCUGCUGGGAGCACUGAGCCCUGGCAGCUCCACCGCAGCGCUAUCAGCC